AUGCUGGAAUUGGAAGGAGAAAUGGGUCAUAAAAUAAAACCAUCAGAAACCAUGGAAGAAAUGAAGAAACAACUGAAACUGGCCGGGCCAUUUUGCCUGGCGAGUUUCUUGAGUUACAGUUUGGAGAUAAUAUCAGUGAUGUUCAUUGGCCAUCUUGGAGAGCUCUCACUUUCUGCUGCUUCAAUGGCCUCUUCUUUUGCUGCUGUUACUGGUUAUCACUUUUUGCUCGGAACUGGAAGUGCACUCGAGACGUUUUGUGGACAAGCUUAUGGAGCACAACAAUAUCACAUGCUCAGUGUAUAUACACAAAGGGCCAUGCUUAUUUUAAUGCUUAUGUGCAUUCCUAUAUCGAUCAUAUGGACUUACACAUCCACUAUCUUCAUUUGGUUCGGUCAAGAUGCAGAAAUUUCCAUGAAAGCCGAAGCAUACAUACAUUGGUUGAUUCCAAGUAUUUUUCCUUAUGGGAUUCUUCAAUGUCAGUUCAGAUUCUUGCAAGCUCAAAGUGAUACCAAAAUCUUAAUGUUAAGUGGUGGUUUGACAUGCUUAGUUCACAUUCUCGUGUGUUGGAUAAUGAUCUUUAAGCUUGGAUUAGGCAGUAAUGGGGCUGCCUUGGCCUGUGCUGUUUCAUAUUGGACUUAUGUGUCGAUUUUGGCAAUUUAUAUCAAGUAUUCACGAGCGUUUGAGAAAACAUGGCCGGGGUUUUCCAAAGAAGCGUUCAAGAAUCUUGGAGAGUUCAUUUCAUUGAGUAUACCGUCUGCGCUCAUGAUCUGCUUGGAAUACUGGUCAUACGAGUUUUUGGUUCUCAUGUCGGGACUUCUUCCUAAUCCUAAGCUUGAAACAUCAAUGAUGUCUGUUAGCCUCACGACUAGUUCACUUAUCUUUCGGAUUCCUUAUGGUUUUGGGAGUGCAGUAAGCACAAGGGUUUCAAAUGAGUUAGGAGCCGGGCGACCUCAGUCUGCACAAUUAGCUGCACACGUUGUAAUGUUCAUGGCCAUUACAGAAGGACUGGUGGUUAGCUUGUUUUUAGUUUCGGUUCGCAACAUAUGGGGCUAUUUGUUCACUAAUGAAGUUGAGGUUGUGAGUUAUUUGUCUUCUAUAAUGGCGGUUCUUGCCCUAUCCAACUUCUUUGACGGUAUACAAGGCGUACUUUCAGGUCUUGCAAGAGGUUGUGGAUCACAAAAGAUCGGCGCUUUUGUGAAUCUUGGAGCAUAUUAUCUAGUUGGUAUACCUUUAGCAACCAUCUUGGCAUUUGUGUAUUCUUAUGGAGGAAAGGGACUUUGGAUGGGAAUCAUCGGUGGAAGCAGUGUUCAAGCACUACUUUUUGUUGUUAUAAGUAUGCGCACAAAUUGGGACCUAGAGGCUACAAAAGCUCAGAACCGGGUCUAUGCUCCUGUACCCAAGUGA